ACCAUUGCCCAUUCGAAUGCGAGAGCCGGCAACGGCACGUCGGCGGAGCGUCAGAACAGCAGCGGCGAAUGGCAUACAGUCUCGACGAGAUGCUGAUGAUCGACAAAGCUUUUCUGACUUAGAAGGAUCUCCGUUAUCUGCACCUGAAUCUUUGUAUGAACCGCUCUGCUUGGAAAUCCAAGCAGCUCGAGAACAAUCUCGUUUUGAGGUUCGAUGGGUCAAUCCUAUUAUGGAUGAGCAGAUUCUCCUCACACCAGGUGUAGGCUUAUCAUAUUUUGAAGAUGAUCAGGCAAGCAUGAGGAGAUUUGGUAUCAUAAAACGUCUUGUUUCGGAAACCAGCGUGGAGGUAUACAUCUUGUAUGACAAGAUACUCCUAGAAAAGGUUGAUCAGAACAUAACGAACCAUGGUCUUGGCAACAGAAAUCUACGGAAGAUCAUUCAAUCGAUGUCAGAAAGUAUUUGCUAUCAAUCAAUUUACCUUGAUGUCGUUGACAUUGAUAUGAUUGAAGAUUUGGUAAAUGUUCAAUACCCAAUUUUUCUUGAUCCACAUGCGCCAAUGCCAAGCUUGAAAAAUGUACAAGUUGUAGGACACAUUUUCUUCAAGGAUGGAGCGCAAAAGUCGUUCUGUGACAUUUCUUACUUCAAAAUGCCAAAUCCUGAGAGAACAAUCAGCAGAUUCAUCUCUGGUAAUGACUCUAUUUCAUCCUCUGCAGCAUAUCUUCAAAUGAUUUCUGACAUUGAAUCGUUCAAGUUGAGCAUGAAGCAAUGGCUGAAAUCAAGAAGCUCUGUGUAUGAGAAGGCAGGAACCCGUUCUUUGGAGUUCACUUGUAAUGUUUCCAUCCGCAGCAUACUUCGAUUAGUUCCUAGGCAAAUGUUCAAAUUUAUCAAAGUGAAAAGAACCAGUCACAAUUAUACUUGGGUGUUACCAGCCAAUAUUGUCAGCAGCAAGGUUUUCAGACAAGCUUUAGAUCUGCCUUUAAAGUCAGCUCCACAACUGCAAGAGAACUUGACGCAGAUUUUUCUAGGUGGCCCAAUGUACAUUUCGAUCAAGCGUGGCAAUCUUGUGCUAGGGUUCGAAACCAUUGCAAGCAUUGGUGGCAUGUUCGGAAAGCUUCAGUGGGAUGAUGCACGAGGCAGGAAGAGGAGAUAAGUGUAAUACAGAUUUA